GUUUCUUUGUUUGCACGGUCAUCCUGUCCAUUCAUAGCCUCGCCGACAUGACCUCCCAACUGCCCGACUGGCCGCCCUCGUUCACCCAGGAGCAGACCUCACACCUCUUGCUCCUCGCGACGACCUAUGCGCUCGGACACGGCUUCACCCUCCUUCCCCUGCACACCCCUCAGACCGGCCCGGUCCCCACUUUAUCGAUCCCUGCUCCCUUAUCACUCUGUCCAAGUCCGUUUCCCAAGGACCUGUACGAGUUGGCCGUCAAGAUCCAACCCGCUUAUAAUGCUCUAUACGUCAAUGUCACGAGGGACUGGGUGUUCUUGGACAAGGUCAUGGGUGGGGUCGUCAGCAAGGUCGACGAGUUUCAGGGGGAGCUAUGGAGGGCUUGGAAGUCUUGCCGGGAAGAGCUCAUUCAGCCCCUCCACCUAGGUCUCUUUCGAUCAGACUACCUCCUACACAGCUCGGCUUCGGAUCCGUCGACGCCCUUGGAACUGAAACAGGUGGAAUUCAAUACGAUCUCUUCGAGCUUUGGAGCAUUGAGCCAGUUGGCUGGGGACCUACAUCGCUACUUGGCUCUAUCUACCAACUACUUUCAAGCCUCUCCCUUCCUGAUCAACCCCGACCCGUCCCAUUUCCCUCCGAACGACGCCCUCAAGGCGCUCGUCCAGGGUCUAGCAGACGGCUGGAAAGCUUACGGAUCAAAGCAGGCUAGGGUGUUGUUCGUCGUACAAGAAGGGGAGAGGAACGUGUUUGAUCAGAGGUGGCUGGAGUGGGAGCUGUUGGAAAAACACGGGAUCAAGGUCGUCCGCCAGACGUUCAAAGACCUCUCUAUCGUCCCCUCCCUCGCCUCGGACGAUUCAUCACGACGGCUGUUCCUCCCCGACCCGCUCUCAUCCACGUCCGACCCGAUCGAGAUCGCCGUCAUCUACUAUCGAGCCGGGUACACGCCUACGGACUAUACGUCCGCUGCAGACUGGACGACCCGGAUCGCCCUGGAACGCAGUCGGGCCAUCAAGUGUCCCAGCUUGGCACUCCAGUUGGCAGGGGCCAAAAAGGUACAACAGGUCUUGAGCGAACCGGGCAUGGUAGAGAGGUACCUCCCUUCGUUUCAAGGAUGGACGGACGAAGAUGCAGAGGGGUUGAGAAGGACGUUCACGACGCUCUAUCCCAUGGACGACGAGUCCGAGUUGGGAAGACACGCGCAAAAGUUGGCGUUAGAAUCUCCGGAAGGCUAUGUCCUCAAACCUCAGCGAGAAGGAGGCGGGAACAACAUCUACCGGACCGACAUCCCCCCGUUCUUGCGGGACUUGGCUGCUCAACCCUUGGCCCCGGGUGAACCUCCGAAAAAGGAAGGAUACAUCCUGAUGAGCCUGAUCGAACCCCCGCUCGGUCUGAAAAACCUGUUGGUCAAGGGAGGCCAGGCCGAGGUGAAAGAGGGCGAGGUGGUGAGCGAGUUGGGCGUCUAUGGGGUCGUGCUGUUUGACGAGGCGGAGACGAGGGUGAAUAGGGGUGCGGGGACAUUGUUGAGGACGAAGGGGAGGGAGAGCGAUGAGGGUGGGGUGGCGGUGGGGUACUCCGUGGUGGAUAGUCCGGUGUUGGUUUGAGGCGGCCUGGAAUUGAUUCGAGGAUGCAGACGCAGGGAAUGGUUGUACGAGGAUCGCGCGCUCGUGCAAUGACUGGACUAUUGUAGAUGGGAGAUACAUUCGGCAUUAUUAUUAUUGAUGAAACGUGA